AUGUCUGAGCUCGACCUCCAGUCCAUCCUCAAGUUCACCGUUGCCCUUGCCUACGAGGCUGGCCAUGUUAUAAGGAAAGGCUCAGAAGCCAUCCAGCUGGCUGGAUCUAACGUCGAUGAAAAGAAAAACUCGGUAGAUCUCGUCACCGAAUACGAUGUCAAGGUCGAAGAGCUCGUGAAGAAGAAGACCAGCGAGACAUAUCCUUCGUUCAAAUUUAUUGGAGAAGAGUCCUACGCUGCAGGAUCCCGGCCAGAAUGGACAGACGAGCCUACGUUCUGCGUUGACCCCAUCGACGGAACGACAAACUUUGUCCAUGGUUUUCCCUGGGUCUGCAUCUCUAUUGGGCUCAUUUACAAGCGUCACUCCAUCUUGGGCGUCAUUUACAACCCCUUCCUUGACCUUUUGUACACGGGCGUCAAAGGGUCCGGUUCCUACGUUACGCACGGCGGUCUCAACGGUACUCCACGCAAGCUUCCCUUUGCCAGUUCACCCAAACCACUCGCCUCGCUCAGUCAGGCCCAAAUAGCUGUCGAAUGGGGCAAUGACCGAGCGUCGAAACCACUGACCUCCCGAUCGGAAAGCUUCCAUCUUAUCGCAGGAGAUCCCUCCAACGGUGUCGUUGGAGGCCGAAUGGCGCACUCGCUGCGGUCCCUAGGGAGCUCAGCAAUGAACUUUGCCAUGGUUGCCCAGGGUGGAUUGGAUAUGUACUGGGAAAUUGGAUGCUGGCCUUGGGAUGUGAGCGCUGGGGUUUUGAUAGCCCAGGAAGCCGGUGGAUUAGUCACAGGAUCCCAUAAAGUGUAUGCUGAGACCAAAGAAACUGCGGCGUUUGGCGAUGUUGGCGAAGCUAUCUUGACAGGACGGAAAUACAUUGUUGUUCGUGCAAUUGGGGACGCUGAGAAGGAGACGGGACGUGAGGCACAGAAAAGGAUUAUCGGAGAAUUUUACGAUACUGUGCAAGACUAUGACGCGUUGUAA